GUCCAGUACACAGAGACUUGCAAAAUUUUAGAUCUUCCAAAUUCCCCCUCCCUUUCCUGCCUCUCUCCUCCAGCUGAUAAAUGUCCAGGAGUAACUGAGUACUUCUUCACUCCAUUCCAAGCACAAGGAAGCUUCCGCAGUUGCUCACAGCCAGCUGUCACUGGGCUCAGGAAUUCAGAGAGCAAACGCACCCGUCCCAAAGGCUGUGGGUGCAAGGGCAGAAGAAAAGCCUGGAGGCAAGGAAGGCUCUGUGAUGCAGCAUUAUUCACCCAAGACAGCUGCCCUACAGAACAUCUGAGGUUGGAUCAAAAAUAUACAGACACAGGCAUCCGGCAUAUCUAUUCAUCAUGGAGAAGGCCAAGACAAUGGUUCCGCUUGCUUCCGAUUUACCCAUGAAGAAAGAGACAGUAUGCAUUUUCGGAACAGGAGAUUUUGGCAGAUCUUUAGGAUACAGGCUGAUGCAAUGUGGCUACUCGGUAGUAUAUGGAAGCCGAAGUCCUCAGGUGUCCGGACUGGUCCCUCAAGGAGCCACAGUGCUGUCUCAUGCAGAAGCUGCAGAAAUGUCUGAUAUCAUCAUUAUCGCUGUCCACAGAGCACAUUACAGCUUUCUUGAGAGCCUACAGGAAAUUCUACGUGGAAAGGUUCUAGUGGAUGUCAGCAACAACCUCAAAAUAAACCAGUAUCCAGAAUCCAAUGCUGAAUACCUUGCCCAGAUGAUGCCAAACAGUAAGGUGGUAAAAGCAUUUAACACUGUCUCAGCAUGGUCUCUGCAGUCAGGUGGCUUGGAUGCAAGCAGACAGGUCUUUGUAUGUGGAGAUGACAACAAGUCAAAAGAAAAGGUGAUGGAGGUUGUUCGGAGCCUCGGUCUUACUCCGCUGGAUAAGGGUUCUCUCUUAGCAGCAAAAGAAAUUGAGAACUACCCUUUGCAACUUUUCCCAAUGUGGAAAUACCCCAUUUAUCUCUCCCUUGGUCUCAGUUUGUUCAUCUUCAUCUACUCAGUGAUCCGUGAUGUGGUCUACAAUCAUGUUGAGAAAAACAAAGAUUUUGCUUUUUUCAUUGUCAUCAGCAUCCCAAAUCGGAUUUGCCCUGUUGUCGCACUCAUCCUUCUCGCUUUGGUGUACCUGCCUGGGAUCUUUGCUGCCAUCCUCCAGUUAUAUAGAGGGACUAAAUACAGUCGCUUCCCAGACUGGCUAGACCAGUGGAUGCUCUGCAGGAAACAACUUGGUUUGGUGGCCUUGGCAUAUGCUUUCCUACAUGUUUUGUACACCCUUGUCAUCCCUAUUCGGUAUUAUGUGAGAUGGAAGAUGAACUCCUACGUCCUUCAGCAGGCUUUUAACAACAGAACAGAUCCACUGAAUAUCUCGGGGGCCUGGCAUAGUGAUGCUUACCUUGCUUUAGGUAUCUUGGGCUUUUUUUUCUUUGUCCUGCUGGGAAUAACAUCCUUGCCUUCCGUCAGCAACAGUGUCAACUGGAGAGAGUUUCGAUUUGUACAGUCUUAUCUGGGCUACCUCACAUUGGCUUUGUGCACUGCCCACACGCUGGGCUAUGGUGGAAAGAGGUUUCUGAAUGCCGGCACAUAUCCAUGGUUUCUUCCUGCCGUUUAUAUCUUCUCUCUCAUUGUCCCCUGCAUUGUGUUGGUCAUGAAGUUUUUCCUCAUAUUUCCCUGCGUAGACAGACCACUGACAGCAAUUCGACAGGGCUGGGAGAGGAAACCCAAAUGCAUAAGCCAGUCAAACAACAAUGAACAUGCUAGAGAAACAUCAGCUGUCUAAUCUUUCAACAAUGUACUGUACAUCUAAGGGAGUGUGUGCACAUACAUAAACAUGAAAGCACCAGAAAGUAGCCCCUUGCAAACUGACAAAUCUUAUUGGGCAUAAGCUUUUGUGGACUUCAGAGCACUUGAUCAGAUGCUUGGUUUGUGUGCAUGUAUGCACAUCAUGUGCAUAUGCACACAAGCAUGCACAUGUGGCCAAUAGUAAAUACUGCAUUACUAGUACAGUAUAAGAGUAAGAAACUGAGACCACCAAAAAUUGUUUUGUAAAAAACCACACUAAAUCAUUCUAGGAGAAAGACCAACAAUUCUUGGCAACAAUUCACCAGUGUUCAGUUUCUUUAGUUUCGACAGAAAUCUUUUUUGUUAUUGUUGUUUUUUGUUUUCACAGUGAAAGAAACAAUUGUAGUCUAUUUCCUAUUUCUACAGAAAAACAAGGAAACCUAUAUUUUUAUGACAUCACAAAAGAUUAUAUUAGCCUACAUUUAGUUGCCAGUCCCACUUAGAGUCAAUCCAUUGAAUUAACUGUUGAAUGACAAGUCAACACUUAUGGAAAUUGCACACUUGGGACUACCAGUUGGAUUGAGGCCCAAUGACUAUGGAUACAUUUAUAGUCUACGUCACAAGUCAUUUUGAACCAUGGCUUCUGGUCCUCAUCUGAGCCUUUUCACAUGCAUAUUCUUCCUGUAACUGUAGAGGUGGUCCAAGUAUUUCAGAAAUGGCUAUGGCCUCCCUGGUCAUGUGUAAACACUGUGAGAUAGGAGCUUCUUCAACAACAUAAGGGACAAUCUGUACACGGAUUACACACAGUUGCUUAUAGGAACACUCUCUCAAAGAAGGAUUUUUUCCCCAUUUUGAGGCCCAUCAUGGUUUUCUGCAGAGUCUGGCUGUAUUCUUAAUCCAGCAGAAUCCUUUUCCUAUAAAUACACAAUUGCUGGACUUUGCCAUUCAGGACUAAUGCAAACUGCAGCCAUGACUAGGAAAGAGAGCACUUAGAUGGACACAGGAAACAAGAAGUAUAUCCCUCUCAAGACUAUUCCUGUGGGUUGACUAUUAAGAAUGUGGUAGAUCCCCUUGAUUAAAUCAUACCCCAGGUCCAUUGAGCAUUACCAAUCUCUGCCUGACAGUGGUUCAUCCAGAGUUUCAGGAAGAAUUGUUUCAUAGCUCUUACCUAAAGAAGCUGGGAACUUAACCUGAUAAUGUCUGCUUCCAAAGUAUAUACUUUUCCACUAAACUACUCUCCCUUCUGCACGCAGUACCUGGUAUUCUCUGGUGGUUUCCCAUUCUAAGUACUAAACCAGCUCAGCUAUCUAACAGAGAAGAGUCAUGAGCUUCUGAUUACUCAUAAGGCAAAUCUAUAACAGGCAAUUGUUACUCAAGCUUCCUGAAACAUGAUAAUGUCAAUUACUACAUAUUGUUGUAUUGUAUUUUCUACCAUAUUUGAGGAAAUAAAUCUCUUUGUGUAAAUACAGAAUCUCUAUGUAUAAACACUGUUCAUCAACAUUUAUAUGCUGUGUAUUUUUAUUGCAAUAAAGGCAAUCUGUUUUAAGAAAUAA